GACCGGUUAUCGCAAUCCAGCUGUCGUAGUGUCAUACAGUCAUACUGUCAUGACUACAUCGUGGGUUUCACAGUGCGAAGGCCUAUCUAACACUGAUUUGGUUCAUAUCGCCAAACUUGCUGAACAGGCUGAACGAUAUGAUGACAUGGCGGCAGCUAUGAAGCGGUAUACCGAGGCUUCGGGGAAUUUGGGGAACGAAGAACGGAACUUACUAUCAGUGGCAUAUAAAAAUGUUGUUGGUGCUAGAAGAUCAGCAUGGAGAGUGAUAUCUGGAAGCGAAACGAAAGCGGCAAAUGACCAUGUUAAAAGUCAAAUUGCAGAAGAGUACCGUAUUAAAAUAGAAAAGGAGUUGAAUGCAAUAUGUGAUCAGGUUUUGGCUCUGCUCAAAGAUUAUCUGCUUGUACAGGAAAGUAACGACGAAAGCAAAGUUUUCUUUCUGAAAAUGCAAGGUGACUACAACCGGUAUCUCGCUGAAGUCGCCAGUGAUAAGACUCGAGCUGAAGUGGUCCAAAGAUCACUGGAUGCUUACACAAAAGCUACUGAGGCUGCCAAUAAGUUGCCCACCACUCAUCCUAUCCGUCUUGGUUUAGCUCUUAACUUCUCUGUGUUCCAUUACGAAAUACAAAAUAAUGCUCCUCAAGCUUGCGAGUUAGCUAAAAGCGCUUUCGAUUCAGCAAUAGCGGAACUUGAUCAGCUUCAAGAUGAUUCCUACAAAGACAGCACACUAAUUAUGCAGCUUUUAAGAGACAACUUGACGGUAAGAUUUCUAUUAGUUGAUCUAAUUUGACUAAUUAGUUGUGGGCCAGUGACCAAACAGCUGAGGGGGAUGGAAACGAUAACUAAACUCCGUUAUGUAAUAUUUAUUAUAAACAUCAAGUCAUACAAGAUCUAUGUCAAUUUUCUGAUUGUUUACCGUUAUUUUGUAAAUAUUGGUGAAAGUUACGGUGCUAUGAUGUAAAUUACUCAUGAGUUGGUAUGGAGAAUCGAGUACCGCUGUUCACUGAUGUUAAUUAGAAUUCCACAAAAUGAUCAGGUCGAUGAGUCCUCAUAGUUCAUUUCGACAAAUAUCACUUAUCUGGAAUUGUCAUUUUAUCACUUAGUAAGUGAUCUCCAUAGGGACUUGAAGGUAAGUAAAUUCCUCGCAAUGUCACUAAAUUCGGAUAUCUCGCUAGUUAUGUGGCGUGUUACUUGUAGCAAUCCUAGUUUAUGCUGCGGUACCACAACAUAUGUGAUGUGUAAUUGCAACACAAGCUCUUCAUAUCGGAGAGCACUGUUUGCAGUCUGAUAACACGGGUUUCGGCAGUAGACUGAAUUCUUAGAAUGUUCUUUUCAGACCUUGGUACUGUAGAAGCUUCGUAUUCUGACUAGUUAAGUAGCAGUUCAUUCUCGUGCGGUUGCAUGAACUGGCCAUUUAACGUUAACAGACCUAUAAAAGGCCUUCAUCAAUUUCAAAUGCGUUUGUGAGUGUCCAAUGCAAGUAAAGAUGUCCAUAACUUGUACCAAAAGCCGACUGUUACAGUUUAGUUGUCGGAUUUUAAGUUUUAUGGUAUGCAGUCACAAGCUCCUGUUCUCUUACUUUUCGGAGUGACUUCAUACAUCACCUAGCCGAAACGGGGAGCCAGCGAGCGAUUUCUUUCGUUUAUUUGGCGUCUCAACGGCAAUUUACUGUAGAUCAGCGAGUGUGUACCCGGAAUUAAGUGCCACGAUGACUAGCUGUAUGGUGGUAAGUUCAAAUUCGAUCGAUUUCUGAAUAUCUUUUGGGCUCUGAGGUUACUGAUAGGUGCUUACAUUAGUGGUUUUGAGUGAACUUAGGAUCGUUUCCGGUGGCACAGGUACAUUUACUCUCUAACUUCAUGAGUACAGAUAUCCCAUGUUUGAGAGUUUAGAGAGGUCCGUCGGGUUUUACGUAAGUUUUUUAAGAACCCAGAUGACGUACAAAGUACCAACGAUUAAUUGCAAUUUGACCUGUCGAGAAGCUACGUCGUUUCUUGGGACUCGUCCCCAACUUUGCUAUUAUAUAGCAUUGAACGAUAACUUAGAAGAUUGGUCACGAAAACCUCAUUGUCGUUCGAUUUAGAUCUGAAACACUCAGAUACGAAAUAUUGGGAAUACCAUGUAGAUCACUAACUCAGCUUAUCUGAGCUGAAUGACUGGGGCGUACUGGAGCAAGAAGGGAGUAGUGGGACGAAAUAGCUAACUUCGAAAUCGCACCUAACGUCGGUUGCCGUUUCAUCGUAUCAUGGUACUAUGGCUGCUCUGAAGACCGUGUAACACAAAGGAUGUUAUUACAGAAAUAUAUUAGUAAGAGUAGGUGAAAGGAAUAAAGUGCGAACAUCAACAUAUGGGCCAGUCCAUUGCGUGUAGUCAACUGACGCGUGUUGCCUGUCUCUGAACGUGACGAGGAUUAAUGGGUUUUUAGGCAUUUAGUAACCUGCCCACCUGAUGAUAUGUAUUGAGAGCGAGACGUAGAGUAAGUAUUCGAACCAAGUAAGAAAAUUGGUAUAUAACCUUUCUGACUGAGUAAGUUUAUGCCUUAGCAUAUAUAGUCCAAGUGGACAAACAAUGAAUAAAAUAAGGAAGUAAGUGCAGGCAAACUGAUAAAUUCCACACAAAUUGAACGAUAUGGUCGAUCGAAUUUAUGUGAACACAAAUUUUAUAUGUAUGAAAGUUCAAAGUUGCUCGUUGGAUCUUAAAAUUAUUAGGAUAGGGAUGACUCGCUCGUUACGUGCACUGGGAUUCGAGAAGCAUUAAUGUUCUGUGCUCAUCGUAUGGAUUACCGUUCAGGCGUAAUAAAACACAUCGUUCAACUGAUAGCUGAAGUCGAGUUUGACUAGUGUAGUUGGUCAUGAUAACCAUUGCGUCUGAUUUUGACUUGUAUCCGAUCUACAGUGGAUUGCAUCAAAUGUUCUUCGCGUUUUUGUCUACAUAUUAGUACUAGAUAGACUAGUUAUACAUGUAUAUAGUUUUAUACAGCUGAAUAUUAUUAAUAAUCCUCACAGAAAUGCUGUUCGAGGCCAAGUACACAAAGUUGUUUAUAUAACCUAGGUCACCUUAGAUUCGGGAGUGAUACGGGUAGCUCGUUAGAUGAAAUUCGAUUUGAUGUUAGUCACGAAAACAAGAACUCCCCCUGGAACCCCUCUAGGACUUCUGCUGGCCUCGAUCCCGGAGAAAGUGGGGGACUUGGGCAUCGGGUAGCGUUCCCAUCUUGUAGAAAAGAAACUCGCUAACGAGGAAAAAUAAUUCAAAUCAUUUAAACUCUCUGGGGGUUAGGAGGUCCUCAUUUAGAAGAGUUUUGUCGUCCCAUGAUGGAAGCCGAAUUCCUUCGGAUAAGCUGCAGUCAAUCGUUGAGAAAUGCCCAUUAUGAUGGGAGACCUAAAUGCCAAGAACCAAGAGAGGAGCUAAUAUAGCCUCAGAUCAUUACUUGCUGGUCGCCAAUAUGAAGCUGAAACUCAAGAAGCUCUGGACAACGCAGCGAACAUCACAAAAGUUUGUUACAGCCUUUCUUUGGGAUAUUGACAGACUCAACAAAUCCUAGAUAUCCCUAAGCAAUAGGUUCCAGGCCUUUCACAAGCUACUAAAUGGAGGGGGAACUACUAUGGAGAACAACUAGAAGCGGAUCAAUCAGGCAAUCACUUCAACAAGUCAUGAAGUUCUGGGCCACAAGAAGCACCAUCACAAGGAAUGGAUUACUGUUGGUGCACUGUAUAAGAUUCAAGAAAAGAGGAACAAGAAGGCAGCAAUCAAUAUCGGACGAUAAAGAGCAGAGAAAACCAAGGUAGAAGCUGAGUCUGCAGAAGCAAACAAGCAAGUGAAGACGAGCACCAGAGCCAACAAACGUAAAUAUGUGGAAGAUCUAGCAAUGACGGCGGAGAAGGCUACAAGAGAAAGAAGCAAUUCUAUGAUACAACAAAGGAGCUCGCUGGAAAUUAUCGUAAACUAGAAUGACCAGCGGAAAUUAAGGAAGGCAAGGUAAUCACCAACAUUGAAGAACAGCGAAACAGGUGGGUAGAGCCCGUACAACAUCGAAGCAGCACCCACGGACCUCCCAACCACUGUUGGCCCACAAACAGUGGGAGAGAUCAGCAUGGCUAUCAGACAAAUCAAGAGCGGUAGAGCAGCGGGACCAGACUGAAGAACAUCUGGAACUCAAAGCAACUGUCAACCACUAUCAAAGUCAGAAUUCUCAAUACAAAUGUCAAAACAGUUCUACUGUAUGAGGUGGAAACUUGGAGAAUUACGAAAGCCAUCAUCCAGAAGAUACAGGGGUUUAUUAACAAUUGUCUACCCAGAACACUUAGGACCCGUUGGCCAAAUACUAUCAGCAACAACAUACUGUGGAAGAGAACAAACCAGACCCCAGUGGAGGAAGAAAUCAGGAAGAAGCGCUGGAAGUGGAUGGGACACACAUUGAGGAAAGCACCCGUCUUCGUCACAUGGCAAGCCCUCAUUUGGAAUCCUCAAGGUCGAAGGAGGAGAGGAAGACCAAAGAACUCAUUACGUCAAGAAAUGAAGACAAACAUGAGGAAAAUGAACAAAAAUUGGAUGGAACUAGAAAAGAAGGCCCAGGACAGAGUGGGUUGGAGAAUUCUGGUCGACGGUCUAUGCUCCGUUGGGAGUAACAGGCUUAAGUAACAAAGACAUCUUUAUUGAGAGAACGAGGAUAUUCAAAUGGUAAAUAUAGAAAUGUAACCCAAAAAGCAUUAGAUAUGGCUUGCGACGUCUUAUUGUAAAGUACAUUGAAAUGCAACCAAUUUUAGAUGCAAAACUGUUCAGUUGAUAUAUUACUAUCAUUUACUUAGUACUAUAUACUUCAUUUCGAAAAAUAAAUGUUUUGGAUCUAGU